AUGGGUGGUCGAGUCGCAUGGUUGUUGCUUUUUUUCCUUUGCCUACCUUCGCCGGUGGCGUCAUUCAAAUUCGGCAAAAAGCCAAAACACGGCAAGGUAGAUAGUGUUUACAAGUCACAGCCGAAGCACGAUACGUCGCAUGGUUUGUCUUAUGUAAAAAACAAGGGUCGUUUGCACGGUCUGAUGAAGAAUCCGCGGACGAAGGGCAUUUUGGCCGGCCUGAUCGCCGGAUACGCCGCAUACAAAGUCGGCAAAGCGACGUCGAAAUUGUUUCGCAAUGGCAUGUACUAUUACAUGGGCGAUCGAUAUUAUCCCGGACCGGGUUAUGGAAAAAUUACUUGCCAGUACCAAGUUGAAGAAGGAGCGCAAAAUUUUAACGCCUUCUAUGAGGACAAAACGCCGGUCCGAAGAAUACUGUUCGAGUAA